UCCUUCCUAAAUUAUGAAACACAACCAGUGCUAUAUGGUCUCAAACAGAGUGUCACUUAAAUGGUUUUCCCCCUUUGCUUCCUUGCAGUAUUGCCACUUUAGUGAAGUCCAUCACAAGGACCAUAGUGAACCACACUUGGCUGUUUUCUACACUUCUUUUUUCCUAAAGUUGAACAAUGGGCAGCACCAAAUCUUCUGGCUUCGAUGGAGGCUCAAGCAAGCUAACGCCGAAAGAAAUUGGAGGAGUGGAUGGCUGAAUCUGGGGAGUGGAGGUUGGAGAAGAUGGCGGAGGACUAAAUAUUUAACAAGGCUAAGGAAAUGGCUAAGAAAGGAAGCGGUAGUGAGAGUAAAAAUGGAGAGAGCACUGAGAAGUAUGUGGCCAAGUACAGAGGACUUUGCUAGGUAUGUGCAGUUGAUUGAGAAGUCCGUGAAGGAGUCACUUAAGAAAUGCCGGCCUUAUAAAAGGAAAGGUCCAGGCUCCAGACCUGUACAAAUUAGAUGUCAAGAAGUUAAAAAAUAUGGAAGGGUCAGAGAACUGAGAGAAGAUGAGAAUUCAAGUGAGUGAUCAAAAUAGAUGCAGAGGAUGUGAUUUUUCUUGUUAUGGAUAAUGGGAGCCGUUCUGAAUCAUGUGUGGAAGCAAAUGAAAGUGGAAACUCAGCUAUGUGCGGGAUAUUUGAUAUGAAUAGCUCUGAGGAAGAUGAGAAGGUCAACAUUGUCCAAGACUGUUCUGAAGUUUGUAUAGUAAGUACUGAAGAGCAAACAGUUCAGGAUGAAUGUCAAAAGGAGACCACACUGACUCCAAAAAAUAGAUGCACCUAGAUGGUAAAGAUGUCUGAUAAUGAGCGUCCUGCAAUCCAGCCUACUUCUGUUCAGGAUGCCAAUACGAUUCAAUCUUUAAACCUGCUGCCAAGGAAGUAGGAAUUUCUGCAAGAGCUCCAUAUAAAGAUUUGAUUAUGCCCUUGAGUUUGAUGAACUUAAUUCUUCUGCAGAAUUGGAGGUUCUUGAUAUGUAUAGGCAUAGGCUUAAAGAAGAACUUCAAGAUUAGGGGUUGAAGUGUAGGGGACAUUGCAAGAACACACCGCUGGGCUUUUCCUUCUCAAAAUCACACCUCUAUAUAUGCUUCCAUAGAAGUUGUUUGCAAGAAAUGAGCAAUGUCAUACCUUGUUUGAUGAUUCUUACUUGAUGGGUUAGUAUUUGAGUGACAUGUGUAUUCUAGUGGUGAAUGCAAUGUCGAGGAAAAGCAAAGCUUGGAGUGUCUUUGUUAGAGACCGGAAUUUAUGGGCUGAUGGAGUGAGAUAUAAGAGAGUAUUUUAAUAAAAUGUAAUAAUGGGCUGGCCCAUUAGAAAUACUAUAAAAGGGGAUAGAAGGGUAGAAGUAAGGGAGGUUGGAAUUAUCGGGACUUGGGACUUGGGAGCUGGCAUUCUCUAACUGCCUUUUGUAUUUCUCUUCCUAUACUCUUUGUUAUACGACACUUUCAGUUUAUACUCAAUCUAUCUUCUUCAUCUUGAUUCGUGAAUUUACUGUGAAAU